UUCCUUACUCGGUUACAACAUGGCUGCCUCUAUGAUGUGCACGGCUGGGGUAUCUAGUAUUACCCGAAAACACUGUCAUGUAUUGGGGAUCAUCUGGAGCCCCCUGUUCCGAGGGGCUAAUUAUUCUACAACUUUGUCAGUCCCCACUAACAUUCAGAACCAAGAUGUUAUGAUAAGAGGAAACAGAUCAACCUUCAGUAGAAGACCAAAAAGAGAGCCUGCUGCUCCUAGGACUGACAAGAUGACAGUGGACCAGGACUGGAGUAGUGUGUACCCGACUGCAGCUUCAUUUAAACCCAAUACAGUGCCUCUGCCCAUUCGCAUGGGCUAUCCUGUCAAGAGGGGAGUGCCACCAGAGAAGAAAGGGAACCUGGAGCUAAUAAAGAUUCCAAAUUUCUUGCACCUCACACCAGCAGCAAUUAAGAAGCAGUGUGCAGCACUAAGUGUGUUCUGCACUAAGUGGCCAGAGACACUAGACAGUGAUGCAAAGUGUGAGCAGCACUUCCCCAUCCAAGUGAAGAUGACAGACUUCGUGUCUGCAGGACCCUCUGUGAGAAAUCCAAAGGCAAGAGUCACUACCCUCACUGUAAAAAUCUCCAGUUUGAACUUGGAUGAUCAUGGAAGAAAGAAGCUGAUUAAACUUGCAGGAGAGAGGUACAACAAGGAGACAGAUAUGCUUACCAUCACAGCAGACAGGUGCCCACUGAGGAGGCAGAAUUACGAUCAUGCAAUGUAUCUCCUUACUGUAUUAUAUCACGAAUCGUCGAAACACGAGCCCUGGGAGAAGGAGAAGACCGAGGCGGACAUGGAGGAGUAUCUAUGGGAGAGCAGCCCCUCUGAGAGAAAUGCAUUGGAGACACUGCUCCGCAUGAAGGGGUCUGAGGAGGGCUCGGCUCCAACCAGAGAGGAGCUGCUGAGCUCCAGCCCUGUGCAGGAAUACAGAAACUCUGUUACCAACUUGAAGAAUGCAGGGGAGAGCAAAACCACCCUCCUCCAGUACAAGGAGUCCGUCAAGAACCUGCUCAACUUGUAAUCUGCCGCACAGAAAGGACUACUUCUUGGCUAAAAAAGCAAAAUAAUGUUUGUACGCAUUUCUCAUGCAUAAUAAAGUAACUAGAAACAAA